AAGUCCAUUGGAAUGGUUAUCAAAAUGACCAUUGUUUUAUACAAUACAAUUACAAUUAUGUUUAAUCGACAAUUUCAAUUCAUAAUUACCUUAUUAAUCUUUUUAUCUUAUAUUAAAGGAUUUACUAUGCAUAAUGAAUAUCUUCAAAAUGAAAAUUUAUUGAACUUAUGUGGUCGUUGCAAUAGAACAAUUGCUAAGGUAAUAAAUGAUUUAUCGGAUUUGGAUUUUCAAUUGAAAUGGGAAAUGAAACUUGUCAAUGGAUGUAAAUAUACUGGCCCGCUUCGUGAUAAUUGUGCAUCAUUAUUCAGUUCAACAAUGAUUAAAUUUAUCAACAAAUUUAUAGUAAAUAUGAAACCUGACAAAGUUUGUAAGAAUAUAUUUUUGUGUUCCAUAUAAGUUUCGUCAUGGUAUGACCAAUUCAAUCAGUUCUGUAUUUAUCGACAACCUUUAGCCAUUUGGAUUUUCCUUUCAACAAAGUUUACUACUGAAAUAUAUAAAAAGUAGCAUAAAAUUAUGUGACUAAAAUAUGUGAUGCCUCUCAAUAAAAAUGUAUUUGAAUAUAAAAAUUACUUUUAAUCAUUAGAAAGGGAGUGGAAAGUGGGAUAUACACUGUUUAAUACGAGCAUCGAUGUCACUAAAUAUUGUGAAUUAAAAACUAAUUUGAAAAAAUAAUGUAAUGCAGUGUAUAAGUUAUAGAGCUCUAUCUUGUUCUAUCGACUGAUUUAUUAAUCGUACAGAGUCAUAAACGGUUCGCAAUCAUACACGCAUUUAUGCUUCUACAUCAGCAUUUCGUUUCUAUAUCACCUGAGCUUCACCAAUUGAAGUCGAAGAUUACUUCUACAAAUGAAUUAAAAACUGGAAUUCACAUACUUUUAGAAAGUUUCCGGUAGUGUGAUAAUUUCAUGCAAUUAGUUCGCUUUAUGAAUUUAAAUAAAGCCAAAACGAACAUUGAUGCAGAAUAACAUGAAUUCAUUGUAUUUGUUGGUUUCUCAUCAGCUGCUUAUAACCAUAUAUGUAUUAGAACUUUUCAUUGAGUUAAGAUACAUUGUGGAACAAUUGACAUAAGUGAUAAUUCACCAAACCUAGACGUCGAAGAUCUUCCGAUAGCAUUCAUAAUCCCAUAUCAUAUCUCUUCACUGCUAGUUUGUGUCUUUAUAUAUGUGUAUGUAGUUUGAAUUCGAUUUUUUUUAUGAACUCAGUGCUUCUCUUAGUUGAUUCAUUUUAAUCUGUAAAUAAUGUUUACUUUGCCUUUCACCGCUGUUCAGUUUUCCGGUUAAUGUGAAAUUACUAGUUUACACACAAUACUGAUUCAGAUGAGUUUUGAAAUAUCUUUCAUGGAGAACUACUCAAUGCUGAGUUCAUGGAUUUGAUUUUUAAAUAAUACAUCAAUUUCUUAAAUAUCUUUUGAUGAAGUUUUGGAGAAGUUGUUUUUAUGAAUAGUAAACAAAAAUGACUUACUUUCGUAUUUUGCCCUAUAAGACGAGUUCAAAGAGUUCUGUAUGUUGUGUAUAAUACCUACAUAUUAUUCUUUGUGUCUUGUUUGUUAACUACUAUUGUAAAUAAUUAUUUGACUGGUGUUAGUCUAUUUCUAAUAUUCUGUUAUAGUUGAUGUUCUACUGAGUAUAAUAUCCAAGAUUAUACCCCCUUGUUCUGUAUUUGUGAACUUGCUACUGUAAAAGAUAUUUUCCAUCAUGUGAAUGGUAUUUUAAAACAUCCUAGAUUUUCA